AAGACCGGGGCGCUACAUGUUUAAUCUUUGAUUAAGAUUAGCCAUUGAUUUCAAUCAACGGCGCAAGCGCAAAGCCUAGCCAGCGUCAGCACCCAAACUGUACUGAUACUGUACAUGUACAGUGCGUACGGGCCGGUGUGCAUGGAAUGUACAGUACACGUACAGUGUACAUGUUGUACAUGUACAUGUGUGUACAAUGUAUGUGUGCGCAUCAUAUUAUGGAGGUGGGCCGGGUGCACGCGCGCAUGCCCUGAGCUGCAAUAUUCCCGCAUCGCAUGCAUGACCGGUACCCAUGUCACGGUGAUUAAGACGCGUCUUCCGCAUCCUCACGAAUACCAACCACAUCUCUUUGUCAACCAGUAAAAGCAUUCGGGUUGGUGCACUUGUUUAUGAAGCUUGAUGGAAACAAGAAGCAGUUUGGUGCAGUCAUUGAAAAUUACCAGUGCAUGUAUUGUCCAUAAUAGGUCUGUGUUAAGUUUGAUAAGAUGAGGUAGUGCCAAGUUAAGGUCUUUGCUGGUGAACUUAUGUCAGCGAUGGUGGCCCCAUUAUGGCAACCAGAUGGCUGCCCAGAAACAGGUGCUUGAGAGCUAAACCUUCACCUGAACUCUAGUCCUGCUGCACAUCGAGGAUUUUUGCAAGUCCUUCCCUCUCUGAAUGAGGCUGUUUUAAUCUCUCCCCUGUAACUGCCCACUUGAUGUAUGUGUGGAACGUGUUAAUUUUUGAUCUCCGAAACAUGAAGACACCGCACAGGUUUCUGCUGUUUGCAUUGUGCUACUCUGUGGCCUGCCUUGUCUGCAUGACGCUGUUCUUUGACGGCGAGGGCAGCACACAGGUCAAGGUCAGGUCAAAGAGUGGGACAACAGUCCGACCAAGCAGAGGCUCAGACAGGGGUAGUGACAGCAAUAAUGGGAUGUCAGCGAAGGCUGGACGUUUACAUGUUAAUUGGCGACAAGAAAGGACCAAAGAUUUGUUUCUCAGGAAAGGACCGGAUUUGGCCUUGGAAGAUUAUCAAACCCUUAUAGGAAACAAGAGUGUCAAAUUUCAGUGUAAUCAGUGUGCAAUAGUCACCAGCUCAGGCCAGCUUUUAGGCACGGGCGCUGGCCGCCAAAUUGACAGUAAUGAUUGCGUCAUCCGCAUGAACAAUGCCCCCACCAAAGGUUUUGAAAGCGACGUGGGUAGCCGGACCACAGUCCGGGUCAUUGGACACGUCAACCUCCGCAGGAUUUUUGCCAAUCACCCGGAGGCCCAGGAGGAGUUUCUGGUGAAUGCCUCCACGAGGACGGACAAAAUUUUUAUGCACUGGUCCUUCCUGACGGACAUUGACAGGGAUCCCCCGCAGGAGUAUGCCCUGGCCCUACAACUUGCCAAAGCCUACCGCAAUGUCUCCUUUAACAUGUUCACCCCACAGAAGAUGGUUUAUGCAGAGAAGCUCUUCCAGCAUGAAACCGGGCUGAGCAGGUCUCAAGCAAAGACGUGGCUGUCAACGGGAUGGUACACCAUUCUCUUAGCCAUUGACUCCUGCAAGCAAAUAAAUGUUUUCGGAAUGAUCUAUGAAGACUACUGCACGGAGUAUCCCAAUAAGAAAAUCCCCUACCACUACUACAAUCCCUCUUUCAAGACAGAGUGUCAGUACUACCACGUCAGUGAGGUCCGGUUGACCAGCGGCCACCUCUUCAUCACGGAGAAGGCCAUCUUUGGCCGUUGGGCCAAUAUUCACAACAUCCACUUCCAUUACCCACGCUGGCCAGCCCGCAGCCUGAGGCUGGGCAGCCAGGGUGUGCUGACACCAUUCAUCCAGCGCUACCAGAUCUCCCAGAAUCGCUUCUUCUCCAAGUUGCCCUACUGGAAGCUCAUUUUCCACUUCUCUGGUUUGUUUUACCCACUGGUCCAUUGAUGAUUGCUGUUUUUAGAUCGAUUUUCUGACACUUUUCAUUGCUGACUUACCCCACUGUAAGAUCCUUCCAAAUCCAUCCGGAGACUUAGGAGGGUUUUGCAGGAUUGAGGAAGGUAGAGCACAGCCGCCAUCACUUUACAUGAGACUUGAUGCAUCUUGAGAGUAUUGGUGAGAAAGAAAGUGCCAUUUGUAUUCUGCACAGUGGAGGCUUGCGGGGGAUUCAGAAGGGUUCCGAGCAAAAGACGCUUGGAGGACGAGGGUGUAUCUACCAGGUAAUGAACUGCAACUUAGCACAGAGGUCAAAUCGAAGACGUUGUGCUUGCCAUUUUGCAACUUUUCAUAGGUAUUGGUCUCAAACACACUUUAGGACAACAAAAGGCUGGUGUUAUGUCCAUGUUGUAUAAUGUAUUUCACAUUUGUUCGCAGGUACAAGCUAAUUAUAUAUUGUGAUUGUUGAAAAUACCUUGGGGGUUAUCUCAAAGGCCUUAUCUUGGUAAAGUGGUGCAUUCAAAGGUAGACCACACUUGAAGUUUUAUUGGUGUAUCAGCUGUUUGGAUAUUUCACAAGCAGGACAGUUACUAAAGGAUGGCAUGGAGGCUCACCAUGCCCCCCUGGGGAGCAGCUGGCCCCCAGUGGCCAAAACCAUUAGCACUAAAAAUGCCCAUUGCUCUUGUAAUGUGCCCUCAUAGCUGAUGCUGUGGUCACCCUUCCCCGAAUGCACCAAGCAGGUGACAGGGAUGUUCAUAGGUAAAGCUCUCUGUGACUCUUUGUAGCUUUCAUUUUACAUGGAGCAGGCUACAACAUACUGCACCUAGUUUUGUGUACUGUAAUACACUGAAUCACAUCAAUGCAUUACAAGAUUGCAAGACAGCAGUGUGCCACAUACACAGCUUCACUGUGCACUGUACCAGGUCAUGCCACUUGUGUUUUAAAAAUGUCUGACAGCAUGUAAAAUUCGGCAUGUGACUUAAUCUUACUGCAGAUUAUCUUGCUGGCAUUGUGAAACAUAGCAUUACUUAUCAAAUUAUGUAUGAGGUGUAUACAAAAAUAGGCUGCAAAAGUUGUUUCAAGCCUUUUCUGCUGUAUGACCUACGCAGAGGAUAGAGCACUCAGCAUUGCCGUAUCACUUAAAAGCAGAGUUGAAUAAAGGAAAUGGUCGUGUUCCUGUUGCGUUUUUUUAAAUGUGAGCAAUUGCAAUGCAGGUCCUUUCACUUUUGCACAAUACUGUAGAUGAGAUGUAAGGAUUGCAUGAGGCAAAGAUCGACAGAUACAGCACAAUAGAGCCGUGGAAUAUCACAUUAUUGAGUUGUGGUGGUUCUAACAAUUUGUAAAAAUUGCCAUUUUGGACAGUAUGCACUUCUCGCCCCUUUGUUUUCUUUGCAUGAGAGACAGCAUGUUUGAAGAGUUGAGUUCUUUUCAGAGUAAUGAAACAUGCAGCAGGAUUUAGCUGCAGACUUGUCUGAAAUGAAGAUGAUGGUCCAAAUGAAUAGUGGAAGUUGUCCAGUUUGUUUCUGCACACUUCUUUGUACAGUUUGCUAUCAAGUUGUUGAAAAUAUAAUACUGAAAAUGUAAAUCUGAAAUUGUAGGUGUACUAUGUAUGCCAUUGCAACGGGGAAGAAAAUUAGAGGAAAUUCUCAUUGCUGCUCUCCAAAGUUUUUCCGGUUUAUUCAAAGUGGUCCUUGCCAUUGAAGAGAAGUAAUGUGUAGAGAGAUAAAGAAAUAUGUGACUUUGGAGGCAUUAUGCAGGAGUUUUGAUUUUUUUUUAAACAAAAAAAGUUUUCCCCAUCCCACAAUCGUUUGCCUGAAAUACCUUUUGUAUGUAUUAGCCAUAAAUAGAUCCAAACGAAAUAUGUCCCACCUUCAUUUUUGUCAUUCAAAAUGUCCUUAGUUUUUCCCCCUUUUUCAAUGCCCUCCAUCCAUUUUGAGGGUUGAUCCACAAUUUGACGAAAAAUACAUGUAUAAUUGUGAUUCAGGAGGUUACAUCAGUGUUGGCAUUUGAUUUCACUUGUCAUCACUCUUUCAGUUGUUCACUUAUCACACUUCAUGUAGAUCCUGUGAUAGUCUCAUUAAUCUUUGUGCUUAUUGUACAUCCAGACCAUAGUGUGCUGUUGAGUGUGCCUCUCCUAUCUUUGCUUAUUUAGGGAAAUGACAACUUAGCUUACACAUGAGUAAAAUAUCUUGUCAUUAUGUAUGCAUUCUUUAUGUGUGAAUGUACAAUUGUACUCGUAUGUGUGUCAUGUGACAGCGAUGUCACAACACUCGCUUUUUGUAUGUGAUUUGAGUUGUUUGAAAUUUGAUAUUCUCUUCAAUUUUUGCCACUUUUCGUACAUUUUCACAGUGUGUGUUAUUAUGAAGGAAAUAAAAAUGUGAUGGGCCUUUUUAAUUCAGUACGUUUAAAACCAGAUACUGACCUCUAGAUGAUAACAGACAGCACCAAAGGUGAAACAGUAAAAACUGAGUUGAAUACUCAUAUUUUUAACAGUGUUGUUCAUCAAUUCAUCAAAGAUUUAAGAAACACCCCUCUAGCUGUAUCUAUGGUAUGUGCCUCCUUUGCACAGUACAAAGAUCUGCUUGUAUGGAAAUUUGGGGCUUGUAGCACAUUCUACGUGAUAUCAUAAAGAAUGCAGCUGAGCUGGUGUGGAGGUAAAAUCAGACUUUGGAAAAUAGACUCAUUGGUUGUAUUGUGCAUCCCUGCAUAAUGAUUAUGAUUGUCACAUUUGAGUGUUAGAGUCCACAAAAUAGGGGUCAAAACUUGAUAUGAAAUUGGGACAUCGGUAAAAACCAGUUGUACUUUUAUCCUGUUAGAAACCGCCUACAUUAUUGGCUUCUGACCAAUAGAAAUUGGUAAAUGAGGCAUUAUGAGUCAACAGCAAACGUACAUGUAGAUUAAUAUCUUUUUUUUUUCCAUCUUGGAUGACUAAGGGAAUGAAACAACGAAUUAUAUAUACUUAUAUAUUGUCAUGUCAGUACUCACAUGUAUGUGCUGUCUUUGUAUUUGGUUGUACGUAAAGCUUAAUGUGGGUCAGGUGGCAACAGUGCUUUAAUAUCAAUACAGGCGAUUCGCAAUAGUGCACUACCAAGAGUGUGGAACGCGUUGGUCAAUCACAACCCACAAAAUCUAUCGAUCCUUUCCAAUACGGUGCAAACUCGUGGUGUCGCACAAUGGCCGCAUUUGAUUAUGCUUUUACGUGAAAAUCAAUUACAAACAUUGUUUCUGGACUUGACAGCAACUCAUCUGAGUCCAUUGUUGCAAAUUUUCACAUCUACACUAUAAUUAUUGCAAAUAACAAAUACAGCCAACUUGAUGUCAGUUACAAGCAUUUCAUAGCAGUGGCAUAUCCCGUUAGAUUUAUUGCAUAAUGAGGAUACAAUGCCACGGACACCCUUGUAAAUUUUAAAAUGUAGAGCAGUAUGUACUUCCAUUUAUCUUGUCUCCUUGAAUUCUUUCCCUCUGACAGUAUGCUGGAUUUCCUUUGUUCCCACUCCCUCUACUAAAAGCAUCUAAAACGUGAAUUUCCUCUAAACAGAAGAGCUUUAAAUUGACAUUUUUACAUGAAGUGUAUUUUGUAAUGGCCACAUUACACCAGAUACCCUACUUUUGUACCGCAGUAAGGUUUGGAUAUUUGUUACAGAAUUGAACGGAUCAGGUGUUACCCAACUGCCAAAUGAUGUUCAGUUUCUGUUGAUGGAGUCUGUUUUAAUGCUAGAAAUUCUGGAGUAAAUAGUUGUAAUUGCCUCUUUUCUAAGAUGUUCAUCUUUCUAACUGAGGAAUGCUAAAUAGACAGGAAUUUCUUGUAUUCACACUUUUUUCAUCAUUACGUCUAGAUUUCAAUUUGUCACACCAGAGUAAACGUGAUUGAAACAUGUUUCACUGUGCACGGUUUGCAUAAUAGAUCUGUAGUGGAGAUGUCACUGCAUUGUUGACAUACUGUGGAUUUUUGUAGCUAACCAUGGAAUAAUAUUCCAAGCAAAGCAAUACAAGUGGUUUCAUUUGAUCAGAAAAAAACUCAAACUCUGAAAGCGCGUAAUCACAACUUGGUCAUCAAAUUCAAAAUUUAAAAGUGACAGAUUCCACCAUCAUUCUGUAUGUGCCCCAGUAACCCAUGAUUUACAACAGUAAAUUAUUGAAACUAAGCAGAAAGUCUAAUCUCAAACAAGAUCUGGUGGUUUGCUGGAAUUUUAGGAAUAAAUGUAUAUGCAAGUGGGUGUGAUCUUUUCACCUGUCAUUUGUGGUCACCCUCCUAGUCUGGUUACCUCUAUUGUGCUUUUCUUCCACCCAAGCUACCACUGUAUUGUGGCCACUGCUAAACUGAAGUCACCUUAAACCUUUCCCAUGGUGGUACCAGUCUAUUGUGGCCACUAGGCUUGUACGUUGUUUCUUCAUACAUUUUUUUGGCUACCUGUCUCUCUUCUGACAUUAGGCCAUGUCCAAAAAGGCCUUCCAGAGCUAUGCCUAGGUCUAUUAAAUGUGUGUCUCCAUGUAUUCUCAAUGAUCUAGCUCUGGACAACAGAUUCGGAUACACCCUUAAUAACAGUUCUGGCAUUGUACCAGUUGUGACUGCUUGCCCAUUGUGAUGACCUGUUCAUUUUGUGGACACCUGUCUGUCUGACCCAUUACAGAAGUGGUUGGUCAUCUACCUCAGUCCUGUUAUUGUAUUCAUAUGAAUUUCCAGUUAGCAAAUUGAUAGGUGUAGAUUUUUUUAAUGCCACCAUUUGUUUUAACUGUUCUGUGGCUUCCAAUGGUCAAAUUAUUAUGUGCUUAAAAUCUUGUCAAUAACUUUACCCAGGAGUGUUGUCUUAAUAACUAUUGUCAGAAAGCACAGUGAAUUCUAGCCAGAAAAGCAGUUGCAACAUGAUGUUGGAAAUGAAAGAUCUGAGACACUCCUUCACCAUUUAACAGGGUAACACUUUCAAAUGAACUGUAUUAGUAAUUUUGAAAUGCACGAGAUUUUGUGAAGUGCUCUGUAGACAGCUGUAAAGAAUGUGUACAGACAAUGGCAUUUUGUACUGUAAGAAAAAUUGAAAGUUUUCAGCUUCAUUUUUCAUUGAAAUAUACCAAGCAGUAUUAUGGUUGUAGGAAAUGCUUCCAAAUGGGAAAUUGUACAAGCUUGAAUGGAUAUGUCUAAUGCAAGUGGCAAUGUGGAAUCAUUGCAUGUUGUUACAGUACAAGGAAAUAAAAAAGGCUGAACUUUAUCGCCGCUUUUGUGGUAUGUAAUUCA